AUAAAAGAUUGUUAUUUCCAAUACCAUGUUGUAAAUUUAAUGAGAAAUUUGAAAUGUUAGAUGUACAUUGUCCACAUGAAUACAAUGAAUACACUAAUAAUAUCGAAAUUGGAUGUUAUGAUCUAUUACAUGAAUUCGUUAAAUAUUGUGCUGAUAGAUUAGCAUUUGUAUCAUGGAAUUUUUUUAUCAAUUGA